AUGGUUGUGCCAAAAAAGGCCGUGGCCAUGUGCAGCCUAUUCACUGCACCAGCUGCACCCAGGGACAAGGUCAUUAAGAAGUUUGUCAUUCGAACCCUGGUGAGGAUUAACAAGAAAAGAAAGGGCAUAAAAGGCCUGCCCCACCCAGGGCCUGGGGAAGCCGUCAGCCAGCUCUCACCCUGCAGGGAUGACCUCCACCACGACCUUGCCCGUGGAGUGCUGCCUGGGCUCCAAGGCCUGGAAGCCGACCAAGGAACUUCAUGUGUGUGUCUACCAGGAUUUCAGAUGAACUCUAAUAAUGGAGGAGCUGAUAUUAUUUGUAAAAAGUGCCCAGAAGACAAGAAAGGUGUUACCAAAGAUGGCUGGAACUGCAUUUCUUGCCCUGGUGGUUUGACUGCAGAAGGAAAAUGCCACUGUCCCCCUGGCCAUAUUUUAGUGGAAAGGGAUAUAAAUGGAGCGUUGUUGUCUCAAGCAACUUGUAAGCUCUGUGAUGGAACGGAAAACUCUUUUACAGUAGCAAAUGCCUUAGGAAACAGGUGUGUCCGAUGUGAGCCAACAUUCAUUAAUACCAGCAGGUCCUGUGCGUGUUUAGAACCUAACACUUUAACAGGGGGCUUAUGUUUCAGCAGCACAGGGAAUUUUCCUCCACCUAUGAUUUCACCUGCACGUUAUGGAGAGCUUGGCAUGUCCAUCACUUCAGAAUGGUUUGCAAGGUAUUUGCAUUCAUCAGCAGCUGCUUGUUGGAAUACACAAAUGAAGUUUGUUGCUGCUUCCUAUGAUGUAAGAGGAAAUUUUCUCAAGUGGCAAACUUUAGAAGGUGGUGUUUUACAGCUUUGUCCAGACACAGAAACAAGGUUAAAUGCAGCGUAUUCUUUUGGAACAACCUAUCGACAAGACUGUGUGAUUCCUGUCUCUAAGAUCUUAACUGACUUUCCCACUCCUAUAUUUUAUGAUUUAUACCUUGAAUAUACCGAUGAAAAUCAACACCAAUAUAUUUGGGCUCUGCCUGUGUUAAACCUAAAUCUUCAACACAAUAAAAUAUUUGUGAACCAAGACAGUAACUCUGGCAAGUGGCUUCUGACUCGGCGCAUUUUCUUAGUGGAUGCACUAAGUGGACGAGAAAAUGACUUAGGAAGUCAGCCAAGAUUAAUUCGAAUUGCUACACGGAUAUCACUGAGCAUCCACCUUGUACCCAACACAAAAAAAGGAAACAUCUACCCUCCCUUAAUUACCAUUGGCUACAGUGACAUUGAUGUCAAAGAUCCCACCAGCCAGCUUGUGAAGGUUUCUUUCUCUGUCGAAUAUGAAAUGAAUCAAGAAGAAGCGCGUAUCCAGACAGAUAUUGCUUUGGGUGUGUUGGGUGGGCUCGCUGUUUUAACAUCUCUUUUGAAGACGGCGGGGUGGAAGAGGCGCAUUGGGAGUCCUAUGAUUGACCUACAGACAGUUAUGAGAUUCAUGGUGUACUACGCUGGUGAUCUGACCAAUGUAUUUGUUAUCAUCACUGUGGCAACGGGUCUUUAUUGGCUUAUUUUCUUCAAAGCACAGAAGGCUGUCUCUGUGUUUCUACCAACACCGACUCAGGAAGAACGUUUUGGUACUUUUGUGGGAUGUGCUUUUGCUCUGAAGGCUCUGCAGUUUUUGCAUAAGCUCGUAUCCCAGGUUACCAUUGAUAUAUUCUUUAUCGAUUGGGAGCGGCCUAAAGGGAAGGUUCUUAAAGCUGUUGAAGGUGAGGGUGGUGUGAGGAGUGCUACCGUUCCCGUAAGCAUAUGGAGAACAUAUUUUGUAGCAAAUGAAUGGAAUGAAAUUCAGACUGUGAGAAAAAUCAAUCCACUUUUUCAAGUACUUACUGUCCUCUUCUUUUUGGAGGUUGUGGGAUUUAAGAACUUAGCAUUAAUGGAUUCAUCCUCUAGUCUUUCCAGAGACCCAUCCAGCUACAUAGCUCCUUAUAGUCGCAUUUUGAGAUAUGCAGUGUCUUCCGCUCUCUGGCUAGUGAUUGGAAUGAUACAGAUCGUGUUCUUUGCUGUCUUUUAUGAGAGAUUUAUAGAAGAUAAAAUUCGACAGUUUGUGGAUUUAUGCUCUAUGAGCAAUAUAUCAGUGUUUCUGUUAUCCCACAAAUGUUUUGGAUAUUACAUUCAUGGUAGAUCAGUACACGGGCAUGCAGAUACUAACAUGGAAGAAAUGAAUAUGAAUCUGAAAAGAGAAGCGGAAAACUUGUGUAGCCAGAGAGGUUUGGUGCCCAACACAGAGGGUCAGACUUUCCAGAUUGCAAUUUCUAGCCAGAUGAGACAGCACUAUGACAGAAUUCAUGAGACGCUAACAAGGAAAAAUGGCCCUGCUAGACUAUUGAGUUCAUCAGCAAGUACUUUUGAGCAGAGUAUAAAGGCAUAUAAUACUAUGAAUAAAUUCCUUGGCUCUUUCAUCGAUCAUGUUCAUAAGGACAUGGACUACUUUAUAAAAGAUAAAUUGCUUCUUGAAAAAAUUCUUGGAAUAGAAUUCAUGGAACCAAUGGAAAAAAGCAUCUUUUAUAAUGAUGACGGUUAUUCAUUCAGCAGCGUUCUGUAUUAUGGAAAUGAAGCCACUCUUCUUAUUUAUGAUCUGCUGUUCUUCUGUGUUGUGGACUUGGCUUGCCAAAACUUUAUUUUAGCAGCCUUCCUUACAUAUCUACAACAAGAGGUUUUUAAAUUUAUUCGUAAUAUAGUAGGACAGAAGAAUUUGGCAUCCAAAACAUUGGUGGAUCAAAGGUUUUUGAUUUAAUUUAUUGAAUAGAUAACUUAAAAACUCAAUAUAAUCAUAGCCAAAAAAGGUCAUGAUUAUCAGGCUAGUUUGCCAUAUUUUUUAAUACAAAUUAUUAUUUUUUUAUUUGUUUUUAAACUACAGAUUUAUUUUUAUAAUUUGUGGAUACAUAAUUUGCUCUGAAAGUAUAUAAUAUGAUAUAAUGGAAAAUACUGUGUUACCAUUAUAUGUAGUAUUUAAUUCACCAACUCAUAGAUUAGACAGCACUGUCAAUGGGGCCAAAAAAAUCCAAAUGUUGCUUUCAGCGUAACACUUUUUAAUGAUUUCAAAACAGUGCCCAUCAUUUGUC